AUGGCCAACUCCACCAAAGUCCUCGCGCUCAAAGAGUCCGACAACGUGUGGGCCAAGAUGAUUUCGCCAUCGUUUCAUCUAACAAUUGUCGCAGUGGCGAGUGCAACGGGUCCGACAACUGGCGAUUUGUUCAAGUACCCUCGCACUACCAUUUCCUGCUUCAUCUCAACGUCGAAGAAGCGGAAGUCGAUUGACGUUGGCGGUCGUCUUAUCACUCAAGAUUUUUUCAACGAAAUCAUCGACGAUCAACCUAACCGCAAGAAGACCAAGAAACCCACCAAGAAGUCGUCCAAGAAGAACCAGUUCUGCCCCAAGUAA